UCUCAUCUGGGUUUUGCUGCCUGGAGCUGAGUUGCUUCUCCUGGCAGAGCCUCCACAUGGCAGGAAUUUGGACCGAGUGGUAGAGACAUCGCCGGCAGAGGCGACGAUCGCCAGCUUCCUCCCUGGGGUGUCUUGUGAUUCAGAGCACAUUCUGCACCACUCUUUAAAAAGGGCAGCGUGUUGAUGCUCGAGACACAAGAGCAGAACUGAACAAGGAAAGAACCACUUAAUCAAAGAGCCGGUGUUCCGCCUCCAUGCUGCCUCUCCUGCUGGUCCCCCUCUUCCCUCUCUCCUCCUGCUUCUCGGCAGGAGGAGGCAGCCCCCUCAGCGAAGGCCUGUGGUUGCUGAAGACCAAGUUUGCCCUUCACCUCUACCGGAGCGCAGCAGCACAGAGAAACGGGACCAACUUUGUCAUCUCACCUGCCAGUGUGUCCCUCUCCCUAGAGAUCCUGCAGUUUGGAGCCCGGGGAAACACGGGCUGGGAGCUGGCAAGUGCCCUGGGAUAUACCGUGCAAGACCCGAGAGUGAGGGAGUUCCUGCACACUGUUUACACCACGCUGCACAACUCCAGCCAAGGCAUCGGGAUGGAGCUGGCCUGCACUCUUCUCAUGCAAACCGGAACGCCUCUGUCUCCUUGCUUUGUGGAGCAGGUCUCCUGGUGGACCAACAGCAGUCUGGCGCCAGCCGACUUUAGUGAGCCCAACAGCACCACCACGGAGGAGGUCUCGAGGGGCUCACCCAGGCAGAGCACAGGCGAGAGCCUGAGUAGCCCACAGUCAGGGGAGGCUGGCACCGUGUCUUCUUGGCUCUCCAUCGUGAGCACCAUGACCUUCCAAAGCACCUGGCAAAGGAGAUUCUCUUCCAUGGCCUCACAGACCCUGCCUUUCACCUGUGCCCACGGCCUCGUCCUUCAAGUCCCCGCGAUGCAUCAGGUGGCAGAGGUCAGCUAUGGCCAGUUCCAGGAUGCUGCUGGCCACAGGGUAGACGUUCUGGAGCUGAUGUACCUGGGAAGAGCAGCCAGUUUGUUCCUGGUGCUUCCGCAAGACAAGGACACCCCUCUGGACUGCAUUGAGCCACACCUCACAGCCAGAGCUAUCCACCUCUGGGCCACCAGGCUGAAGAGAACCAGAAUGGAUGUGUUCCUCCCCAGGUUUCGGAUCCAAAACCAGUUUGACUUAAAAAGCAUUUUAAGAUCAUGGGGUAUCACUGAUCUUUUUGACCCACUCAAAGCUAACUUGAAAGGAAUUUCAGGCCAAGACAGCUUUUAUGUUUCUGAAGCAACCCACAAGGCCAAGAUGGAGCUUUCCGAGGAGGGCACCAGGUCAUCUGCAGCCACAGCUGUGUUGCUGCUGAGGCGGUCCCGGACUCCUGUUUUUAAAGCAGAUCGGCCCUUCAUCUUUCUUCUGAGAGAACAUAGCACAGGUACUGACUCUUUUAAAAAUUGGAUUCAGACAUUUAUCCUCCUCCUAACAAUCUAAUUUUACACAUCCAUUUUCAAAUUAUUUCUUCUAGUUCUUUCUAUGGUAUUUUCUUAGCAGCUGCUGUCUUACAUCCUGAGAAAGGGAAAUUAUUUCACAGAACAAAGGAACCUCUUUUUCCUUCAUGGCUUUUACUUUUCCAUUUUAUUUAAUUGUAGCUAGUGCUUUUUUUUUUUUAAGAGUAGAUUUCUACUCUAAAAACUUAAAAAAAAUCAUGAAAACACAGGUCAAUAAAAUCUUGCCUUUCUUGUUAGAAAAGACUGUUUCUUCAGGUCAAGAUACAUAACAGAAGUCACACAGAGUCUACAGUAUUUUAGGGAUGCACACAUUUCUAUGUUGUUUGCUGGCCUUUCUCAAGUACUUUUCUGCACCACUACAGAAUAGUCUCAAUGCAAAAAUGGGAGGCACAGGUUAGCCUAGCUAGCACAACAGAAGGACAAGCAGGUAUCCCUAAAAUUCAGCAAUAUUGAAAAUAGACUUUGAAUUAUUAUUAUCCCUCAAAUUGUUCUCCUGCAAUAAUUAUUGGCCUCAGAAGGAAGCAAUUCUCAGUAAAGAGUUGUUGGCAAUUCUCAGUAGUGUUUAAAACAAUAUGGAACAAGAUUAAUACAAUUAAGCCAAGGUGAACCUACUUUAACUAAACAUCAGGCAUUACUUUUAUUUGGGGAAAAGAAAAAAAAAACAAAUCAACAUAGUUUAACACAGAUUGUUAAAAGGAAAUAUUGUCAACAUUUUAUCUGAGAAUCAUUUGUAUACUGCCAUAACUUGUGCUAGAAAUCAAAUGAACAUUUCAUGACAAAAAGGAUGUAGGUAAUCAUUCCAUGGAAAAUAAUUUACUUGGGGAUCAUGACAAUGUCCACUUAGUAUUUCACCAUGGUCACCCCAACCCCAGUGACUGCGAAUAGACAAAAUGGCCCUGAUCACUCAGACCAGGCAGCAGAGAGUAUGUUUUUUUUUUUUUUUUAAAAAAAAAGUUAACAAAAAGACAAGUUUUAAGCCCUCAAACCAAGAGGGAGGACUAACCUUGAACAAAAGGGCCACUGCAAAAGCUCAUAUACAAUAAAAAGAACAAUAAGAUGACAAAUAACAGAUUUCUGAAACUCAACUGUAUAAAAACCAUGUAAAGUUGUUGGACUAGAAAAAGACACAAUUUCAAUGGUAUAAAUUUUUAACUGUUCUACUAAUCAAAAUGAAAAUACAGGUCUAAUUAGUUCCCUAAUUCACCACAAAUCUUAGUCCCUGUGGCUUUUUCUUUCCAGAAGGUGGCUGUUCUGAUGACAUUACUGAAGGAAUUAUAAAGUUUCAGCUGGGGAUGGAAGACAGCUCAGUUGUUAAGAGCAUUUUCUUCACUUAUAAAGGCUCGGGUCCCAACACUCACAUGGAAACUCACAGCAUUCUGUAACUCAAGUUCAGGGGAUCUAACACUUUCUUCUUUUUUGGCUUCCAGACACCAAGCAUACAUGUGGUGCACUUACAUACAUGUAGGCAAAACACUGAAGACAUAAAAUAAAAAAUAAUCUUAAAAAAAAAAAAACCUCAGCCUUCAC